AUGUCAUAUACAGCACAGUUAGACGCGUUUGUGUCUCGACUUAAUGAGAGUGGUGAUUAUACUGCUAAACAUGCAAUUUUGUCAGAAUUGUUAGACACAAUUGAACAGUUCAGCGGGGCCACCGAGUAUGAAUACUUCUUAAAAAACCUCGUGCCGAUAUUUCUCAAGGAGCUCGAGGAAGUUCCCAUUUCUUACAUAUCCACAAGCCCAGAACAGAAGUUGAGAAACAGCACAUUGGAAAUAAUUCACAGAUUAAUCAUGAAUGAAACAUUUCAACCAUUUGCCGAACAAAUAUUGGAUGCGUUGACUAAGAUCCUAGUAGAGGAGAACGAAGAUAAUGGAGUCUUGUGCAUGAAGAUAAUCACUAGUUUACAGAAAGCUUACAAAGCCACUUUGGCUGAGAAAGUACAACCAUUCUUGGAAGUCAUACAAAAAAUCUAUGAGAAUAUGGAUCAAACUGUACAGGAUGUAUUCUCAGAUGACUCAUCAAAUAAUGAAACCACCAAGGAAGAUGUUAAUGGCGAGCAAGACAUGUCCCCGGCUAACUCUUUCAACGAGGACGCACCCACAAAAACAUUGAACAGGGCCAUGUUCUCCUUUAAAACUUUAGCUGAAUGCCCAAUUACGAUGGUUUCGUUGUAUUCGUCCAACAAGCAGCUAGUUGCACCAUCGCUUCCACACUUUUUGCCAAAAAUAAUGCACAUUUUAAAGUUACAGGUCAAGCAACAAGAACAAUACCGCCAGGAAUCAGAAAACAAUAUUGUCACUUCAAUAUCACCUAGAAUCAAAAAUAGGCAAGCAUAUGGUGAAUUUAUUUUGGGACAAGUAAAGGCCGCAUCUUUUUUGGCUUAUGUAUUCAUCAGAGGAUAUGCAAACCAAUACUUGAAACCAGAGGAAAGUGCGUGUAUACCGGAUGUUAUUCUUCGGUUGUUACAGGACUGCCCCGCAGAAUUGUCAGUCGCAAGAAAGGAAUUGCUUCACGCAACAAGACACAUCUUGUCAACUCCAUUUAGAACGCAAUUUAUUCCCAAAUUGGAGUUGCUCUUUGACGAGAAGAUUUUGAUUGGUGAUGGAUUAACUUCGUAUGAAACAUUGAGGCCGUUGGCUUAUUCAAUGGUUGCUGAUUUUAUUCACAACGUACGAGAUGAAUUGACUCCAAAACAGAUCUGGUCCACUGUAAGUAUUUAUUCUGGAUUGUUGAAAGACGAAUCUUUACCAAUGUCGGUGCAGAUAAUGAGUGCAAAGUUGCUUUUAAAUCUAGUGGAGAAGAUUAUGACGCUUCCUAAUAAGUUGGAAGGUAGACAAUUGUUUUUAAUCAUUAUUGAUGCGUAUGCUAAACGGUUCAAAAACUUGGACCGUAAAUACGAUUACAUCAUUGCUAAGCAUAACGAGUACGAAAGAAAGAAGCUAGGCAGAGAGAAGGAUUCGAAAAAGGCUAUUGAGCGGUACUCAUCCAAGCGAAAUCACGUUCAACAAGAAGAAAUUGCAGACGAGGCAAACGACAAGAUGGAUGUUGAUAAAGAAGAAGCACACGAGGAAGCUAAUCCUCAGGUGGAUGGGGCCCUUGGAUUAAACAUAUACAAUAUUGACUCGUACUCGCCAAUAGCUUCAGUGCCGACACCUAACACCACAGACGUUUUGAAGGAUGCAAGAUACCUUUUCCGUACAUUGAUGCAAUUCUUAAAGUCCGUCGUGUUUGGAUUGAAGCAUUGUAACCCACCAGUACCACCACAACCUGCUAUUACCGACCCCUCGAAACAACAACAGGUAAACUAUGAUAAAUGGAACGAUUCGGCAAAACUUAUCGCAGUCGAAGAAGUAAAUAUUCUCCGGUCUUUGUUCAGAGGAGGCAUAAGUUGUCUCCGUUACUUUGCCGUUUCCAAGCCAAGACCGACAAUUUCACAAAAGGCAUUUGAUUUCUCAACAGGAGGUCCCAACUUGCCAAUCACUUCAUCCAAGGAUGAAAAGGAUUUGAUGGAAAUAUUUGCUACGAUAUUCAUUAAUAUUGACCCAGCCUCAUUCAAUGAGAUUGUUAGCUCGGAAUUGCCAUUCAUGUUCAACUCCAUGUUGGAAAAUGCAGCUUUAUUACAUUUACCCCAAUUUUUUCUUGCUAGUGAAGUAACUUCAGCCAACUUUUCAAGUAUCUUGAUUUCAUUUUUAAAGGACAAGUUAAGUCAACUUGGAAACGCUGAUAUGGUGAAAUCCAACAUACUUAUAAGGCUUUUUAAAUUGUGCUUUAUGUCGGUUAACUUAUUCCCCACCACCAAUGAAGGAGUAUUGCUCCCUCAUUUAAAUUAUCUCAUUCUAGAAUCAUUAAAGUUUGGGACUAAGGCCGAAGAACCCAUAGUGUAUUCCUACCUUGUGAGAAUUUUGUUUAGGAGUAUUAGCGGUGGCAAGUUUGAAAACCUUUACAAAGAGAUAAUGCCCAUAUUACCUGUCUUGUUGGAGAACUUGAACAAAAUGAUUGCCAAUGCCCAAAGGCCAUAUGAGAGAGACAUAUACGUUGAAUUGUGCUUAACCAUUCCUGUCAGGUUAGCCGUCUUGGUCCCCCACCUCAAUUACUUGACGAGGCCACUUGUGUAUGCUUUAAAUGGACCACAAGAGUUGGUCAGCCAGGGCAUGCGUAUAUUUGAACUAUGUGUUGACAACUUGACUGCUGAAUAUUUCGACCCAAUUAUUGAACCUGUGGCUGAUGAAAUAAUGACUGCUUUGUGGAAACACCUUGAGCCGGUGCCGUACCAUCAUCAACAUAGCCAUACAGCUAUUAGAAUUUUGGGUAAACUCGGUGGUAGAAACCAUCGAAAGAUUAAAUCUUAUGAAAACUUGACUACACAAACCGAGGCAAACCAAGAAAUUAAGGCGUUGGUUCAAGUGUAUGGCUUGAAUGAUUCUGUGCCUGUAUCGGUUACACCCGGUGUUGAGUCUGCUAUCAAAUUGUUGGAUGACCCAAGGUUGAAAAUCCAUUAUAGAAUCAGCGCGUUUAAGUACUUAACGAGUAUAUUAAAGCUAUUCAUCAACACCACUCCAAUUCCAGAUAACUUUGUCCAAUACGCACAAGAAAGUGUUGAUUUUUUAAAGAAGGAUAAGCCUGAGGAUGUAGAUAUACCGUUGUCUCCACUGGAUAUCAAAGAUGGAGAGAAGCUUGACCUCCAACAGCAGCUUUUUGCAAAAUUGUUGGAGAUGUUGUUUUUUUCGGUAUCGAUACCGGAAUUGAAAGAUGAAGCAAGUGCCUUGAUUGAUGGAUUGACAACUCAUUUCACAUUGCUACAUUUGAGCACAUCUGUGGUGGAUAAGAUUAGGAAAGAACGCAAGUUUUCGGUGACCGAUAAUGAAGGAAAAGCAUACAUCAGUGAGAAUGCUUUCCUCAGCGCCAUCACUUGUUCGUUGAGCUUCUGGGACAAAGAUGUGAGAGCAAAGGGUGUUGAAGCUGUCAAGAGGAUUUAUGAAACUACCGUCACCACUUUCGGGUCUGAAGAAAAUGCCUUGUAUUCUGUCAUAUUCCGAUCAAUGUUUUACCGAUUUACCCAUUGCUGCUAUAACGAGUACUAUUAUACCAAGUUAGGUGGUAUUAUUGGACUCAAGACUAUGUUCCAUGAUUUGAAAAUUUCUCCAAAUUGGUUCUAUCAGAGACAGUUUGAAUUAGUGCGUUCUGUGUUCUUUAUCUUGCGGGACACACCUGACACUGCACCGGUUGAGGUUCGCCAAUCCGCCAAAGAGUUGGUACUUGACCUCCUAAGAACAUGUAACAAGGACAUUACAAAAGAAACGGUUAUGGAGAAGCCAUUUCAAACUCUCGUUGGGGCAUUAGUUUAUGAUUUAGCCAGCCCGACUCCAAUGGUAAGGGAAGUUGCUCAAGAGUGUUUGAAAGUCUUGUCAGAUGUAACAUCGACAUCCACAGCAACACUCAUGGGUCCUUGUAAGCACUUGUUGUUGACACCAAUUUUUGGGAAACCGCUCAGGGCUUUGCCUUUUCCUAUGCAGAUUGGUAACAUUGAUGCUAUUACCUUUUGCUUGGGCUUGGAAGACACAUUUUUGAGCUUUAACGAGGAGUUGAACCGAUUGCUUUUGGAAGCUUUGGCAUUAGUCGAUGCCGAAGACGAGUCGUUGGCCAAUGUUCAUCGUUUGAAUGAAUACCGUACUUCCAACCAAUUGAUUGAGUUGCGAGUUGUUUGCAUCAAGCUUCUCUCACUAGCUUUGUCAAAGCCAGAUUUUUCAAUAGGAUCUUUGGGCGAAGCAAGAAUUAGAAUUUUGGGUGUGUUCUUCAAAGCGUUGUGUAACAAGUCGACAAAAAUUAUCAACGCGGCCCACCAAGGAUUGGCAUCUAGCUUACAAGAGAAUGCCAAGUUGCCCAAAGAGUUGUUGCAAAACGGACUUCGUCCAAUGCUUAUGAACUUAUCGGACCACAAGAAAUUGACAGUUUCUGGCUUGGAAGCAUUGGCCAGAUUGUUGGAGCUCUUGAUCUCCUAUUUCCGUGUUGAAAUCGGUCGGAAAUUGUUGGAUCAUUUAAUGGCAUGGGCUCAAAUCAAUACCUUAAGACAAAUCGCAGGACAAAAUCUUGACAAUAACCAUACUGUACAAAUAGUGAUGGCUAUCUUGAAUAUUUUCCACUUGUUGCCCGCAAAGGCAUACACCUUUAUGGAGGAAAUUAUCAAUACUCUUCAAUACUUGGAAGGGCAUUUGGAUCGUCAUCAAGAUUCCCCGUUUAGGAAACCCAUCUCCAAAUUCCUCAACAGAUUUGCUGAAAACUGUGUCGAGUAUUUGAUCAACAACUUUAAAAACAGAAAGUUGGGCAAUAUGCUUGCAUCAAUAGCAGGAAUGGACGGGUGUGAAAAUUUGAGAAAGCACGCAGAGGAGAAAAUUCAGGUCUUGAUCGAUGACGUUAUUGGUGAAUUAGAUCCAGAAACCAAAGUCGUCAAGUUUGCCAACAUUGUUGAUUUAGUUGAAGCAAUUGCUAAGCACGACACAGGAUGGUUCAAUGGUCAAAAGCAGUUGUUGACUACUUUGUCACAGGUUCUUGAGGACAUACACGAUAUAAGUGUAGCUCCUGUCUUAUCGUCAGCUCAUUUUAGAAGCAGUCAAGCUAUAGAGAAGUUGCAACAGCUUAUUAUCAACUUUACCAAAGCGAACAUGGAUGAAACUGACUUGAUUUUCACUGUUGUAAAUCGUCAUUGCAAGCUUAGGUAUGAGAUUUCCGAUGUUUUUGAAAAUUUUAUUUUCAAUGAUGUUGUUUCAUCAACCGAUCUAGACUUGAAAAUCAGGUACAUCAACAAGACCGUUGACUUUAUAAACGAGUCUGAACCAUGUUUAAAAUCAAAAAUCUUUUUCUUGAAAAGAGUUUUUGGGCCCGUAUUUGUGUAUGAGUCAACCAAGAACGGAGAUCUUUCGCACAUAUUUGAAAAGGAAAGCUUGUGGUUGGAGAAGUUUGAUAAGAAUAUAUGGCAAUCACAAGACGAUAUUAUUGGUAACCAUACCUCAGGAACUAUUGAUGGCUAUAGAUCGGCACUUUUGGAAAGCACCGCUUUGUUACUUAAGUUGGCUCCCACUCACAUUAGCGAGUUGCGCAAAGAUAUCAUCAAGUUCAGUUGGAAUUAUAUCAAACUUGAUGAUAAUAUUACGAAACAAAUCGCUUACGUCACAACUUCAUACUUCAUUGCAGCUUAUGAUACCCCAGAUAAAUUAGCCACACAAGUGUUUGUAGCUUUGUUGAGAACCCACCAAACUGAUUCCAGACAUUUGGUGAGACAGGCAUUGGACAUAUUGGCACCAGUAAUGUCAAAGAGAAUGAAGGAUGCCGAUUCACCCGAUAGUUGGUUGAAAUGGCCACGUCGUAUUAUCUCAGAAGACGGGUUUAAUGUUACCCAAGUUCUCAAUGUCUACCAGUUUAUUGUCCAACAUCCAGAUUUGUUCUUUGUCGCUAGAGAGCACUUUAUAUCAAAUAUCAUCACUGCCAUGGGUAAAUUGACCAUCUUGGCAAAUCCUGCACUUGAAAAUCAACUUUUAGCUAUAGACUUGGCCGAGUUGGUAUUGUACUGGGAAAGGAAGGCUAAGGAUAUUGAAAAAAGUGGCGAAACUAAUAAGGAGAUGUUUAGCGGUUCUGCUGAAGCUGAGGAAGAUGUAAAGAUUGAAGACGACAAAGUUGAAGAAGACAUUGAAGCUAAAGAAGAUGCCAAGGAUGCAGACGAUGUCAAUGCUGAGAAAGAUAUCAAAGGUGAAGCUGAUUUCACGACAGCUCCCAACUACGCAGUGCCAUUUGGUCAAAGAGAAGCUUGUGUGACAUUUUUGAUCAGAUAUGUUUGCAUUAGCCCUCAAAGAGCAUCGGAGAGUGAAUUAGGUCAAAAGGCUUUAGGAAUUUUGUAUGACUUAUUGAGUCCUGAGCACUGGUCAGAGGUUUCCGUCAAGUUGAGCUUUUUCGAAAAAUUUUUGCUUUCUAAUGAUUUGAAUUCGAGUAACUUAUUAGGUUACUGCUUAAAUGCAUUGGAAGUUUUGGGGGUGGUUUUAGAAUGGAAGGCACCAGAGUGGAUAGUGUCUAAUUUAAGCUACUUGCAUAAGUUGCUUGAAAAGUGUAUCAAGUCGGAUAACCAUGACAUCCAGGAAAUAUUGCAAAGAAUUUUGUGCACCAUUUUGGAAGCUAUCAACCUGCAAAGAGGAGCGGAAGAGGAUGAAGAGGAGGAGGAGGACGUGAAGGAGUUUAUUAAUUUGUUAACCACCUCUGUUUCAGAGGAUUUGGGCGACAUGCCUUCAUUUGCCGCUGGGGUAACAUUGUCAUGGACGCUAGCACAAUACAAGCCUUCUAUAUUGGAUCCUUUGUUGCCUACGAUUAUGAAAACAUUUAGCAAGCUUUGCAAGGACCAUAUAACAAUCACUCAUCAAGGUACACAGUCAGCUUCCAAAGAUAGCGCCAAUGCAGAAUUUGAGGCUAAAAUGACUACCAAAUUGUUGGAAAAGAUUUUGAAUUUAUGUUCAAUGAGAAUUUCCAACUUGGGCGACCAGCGCCGUAUAUUUUUGUCGUUGUUGGCUCAGUUGAUUGAGCGUAGUUUAGAUAAAAAUACACUUGAGAAGAUCAUCAAGAUUGUGAAGAACUGGGUGUUUUCAAGAACAGAUUUGUUUCCCACCACCAAAGAAAAAGCGGCCAUUUUAUCCAAAAUGAUGGUGUUUGAAGUCAGGGGUGAACCAACCUUAUCCAAGGAAUUUUACCAGAUAAUAGUGGACAUCUUUGAAGAUGAUUCGUUUAGCUGUAGUGAAUUGACUGUGCGUAUGGAACAGCCCUUCAUGGUGGGUACAAGGUCAGUCGAUGUCUCAAUUAGACGAAAGUUGAUGUCCAUAUUGAACAAUAGCUUGGAAAAGGAUGUAGCAAAGAGGUUGUACUAUGUCAUCAGAGAACAAAAUUGGGAGUACUUGGCUGAUUAUCCAUGGUUGAACCAGGCUUUGCAAAUAUUGUUUGGCUCAUUCAACUUUGAAAACAAAAUCGAAUUCGUUGCCAAUGAAAAUAAACUAGCUCCAAUUGAAGCUUUCAAGUUCCCCGUGUCUGAUAAUAUGGAAGUGGAUUCAAAUGAAAAAUUGAGUGAAAUGCUUGAAAGGCAUUCAAAGUUUUUGCAAGAUGUUGGCGAUAUCAAGGCAGGAGAUGUAUUUGAGCCAUUGAUUGAUAUGUUUUACCAAAGCAGUGAAACAAUUCAUAGAACGUGGUCAGCAAUUUUCCCAAUCGUAUUCCAAUCUAUACCAAGGUCGGAGCAUUUGGAUUUUACUAGAUAUUUGGUAAUUUUGUUAUCAAAGGAUUAUCAUACGCGACAAAUCGAUUCGCGUCCGAAUGUCAUUCAAUGUUUAUUAGAAGGUGUUGCUCGCUGCUACACACUUCAACUUCCACCUUUUGCUAUAGAGUGUCUUGCUGCCAACUUUGAUGCAUGGUCUCAAGGUCUUCAAUUGUUGGAGAAUAUAAACGAGGAAGCGAUUAAUGCAAACGCUGAUGUAAGGGAAGUUGUACAGGAUGCAUUGUUGAAACUAUAUGCAACCUUGAAAGAGGACGACAUGUUCUAUGGUCUUUGGAGGAGAAGAGCUAAAUACAAUGAAACGAUUAGUGCAUUAUCGUAUGAGCAAAUUGGUCUUUGGGAUAAGGCUCAGCAAUUGUAUGAAUCAGCACAAAUUAAAGCUCGUAGUGGCUCCUUGCCCUAUGGAGAAUCCGAGUAUGCUUUAUGGGAGGAUCAUUGGAUCUUGUGUUCUGAGAAACUUCAACAGUGGGACAUUCUUACCGAUUUGGCAAGACAUGAAGGGUUUUCCGAUCUACUUUUGGAGUGUGGAUGGAGAGUUGCCGAUUGGUAUAAUGAUAGAGAGACAUUGGAUCAAACUGUAAAGAAUGUGAUGGAUGUUCCUACCCCAAGGCGACAAGUUUUCCAAACCUUUUUGUGCUUGCAAGGAUUUGGUCAAGAGAAGGAGACCUUGCAAGACUUAUCUAAAUUGUGCGACGAAGGUAUCCAACUAGCUUUGAGAAAGUGGCACGGUUUGCCUAGGAGGUUCACCAAUGCGCACAUUCCAUUGUUGCACACAUUUCAGCAAUACGUCGAGUUUAUGGAAGCUAGUCAAGUUUAUUCAAGUUUAGUCACCACCAAUGCACAAAACUUGGAUGUAAAAUCGCAAGAGUUAAAGAGAGUGUUGCAAGUGUGGCGUGAAAGGUUGCCAAAUAUUUGGGAUGAUAUUAAUAUUUGGAACGACUUGGUUACAUGGCGUCAGCAUGCCUUCCAGGUGAUCAAUAAAGUGUAUAUGCCAUUCAUUCCGGUGUUGCAGCAAUCAAACUCUGGAAGCAAUGCUAAUUCUUAUGCUUAUCGUGGCUUCCAUGAAAUUGCCUGGGUUAUUAACAGAUUCGCACAUGUGGCAAGGAAGCAUAAUAUGCCCGAAGUUUGUAUAAAGGAGUUGACCAGGAUUUACCAAUUGCCAAACAUUGAAAUCCAAGAAGCAUUUUUAAAGUUGAAGGAACAAGUCAAAUGUCAUUACCAGAACCCUAAUGAGCUCAAUACCGGUCUUGAUGUUAUUAGCAACACUAAUUUAGUGUACUUUGCUACUCAACAAAAAGCAGAAUUCUUUACCCUCAAGGGAAUGUUUUUGAAUAAAUUAAAUCAAAAGGAUGAAGCCAAUAAAGCGUUUGCUACAUCGGUUCAAAUCGACCUUAAUUUACCAAAAGCUUGGGCAGAAUGGGGAGCUUUCAAUGACCGUCGCUUUAAGGAGAAUCCAAGUGAUAUGGUGUAUGCCAACAAUGCCAUUAGUUGCUACUUGCAAGCUGCUGGAUUGUACAAAAACGGAAAGACGAGAAGACUAUUGGCUCGUAUUUUAUGGUUGAUUAGUUUGGAUGAUGCAUCAGGAACCUUGGCACAAGCGUUUGAGAAUUUCAGAGGUGAGGUCCCAGUGUGGUAUUGGAUUACAUUUAUUCCGCAAUUGUUGACUUCAUUGUCCCAUAAGGAAGCUAAAUUAGCCAAGCAAGUAUUGGUAAGAAUAGCCAAGAGUUAUCCACAGGCAUUACACUUCCAAUUGCGUACCACGAGGGAGGAUCUUGCGGCUCAACAGCGUCAAGCUAUUGAAAUGGCUCGUCAAAAGGCAGCGGCUGCAGCUGCUACUCCGGCACCAGCUCCACCGGAAUCAAGCCAAAGCCCUAGUGAAGGUGAUAAAGAGAAUGGUAAAGCUGACACCAAAGCUGAGUCACAAAAUGGAGCUCAAUCACCGCAAGCUGAAGCUGCUCAAUCACAGUCUCCAUCUCAUGCAGAUUCCCAGCAAGGUCAGAUGUCGUCACGUCCACAAUCACAGAACCUGGUCCCAAUUUCGGUACCACCAUCGGUUCGUCAGCCAUUGGAACAUGUGGAGGAAAUAAUGGCUAUUUUGAAAACGGCAUAUCCAUUGUUGGCGUUGUCUUUAGAGUCAUUGGUUGACCAAAUUAAUCAAAGGUUCAAGUGCACGGCAGAUGAAGAUGCCUAUAGGCUUGGAGUUGCAUUACUCAACGAUGGAGUCCAGUACUUGAAUAGAUUGGGCAACCCUAGAGAUGAUGCUAAGUUGCCGCCAGUCACAGAGGCAAACAUUACAAGAUUUGCUGAGACGGUUUUACCUAAGCAAAUUCGAGCCGAAUUUGAAAAGGACUUGGUGCAUUCGAAACCCAAUUUGGAAACGUACAUUACCAAAUUGAGAAAGUGGAGAGAUAGAUUAGAGGAUAAAUUGGAUCGAAGAUUUACUAAAAUCAAUUUGGAAAACUUGUGUCCUCAUUUGAGCGAAUUCCACCAUCAAAAAUUCGAAGAGAUUGAAAUUCCUGGACAGUAUUUGUUGAAUAAGGAUAAUAAUAGUCAUUUUGUCAAGAUUGAAAGAUUUUUGCCAACCGUUGAUUUAGCGCGUGGUACCAGUGCCUGUUACAAGAGAUUGAGAAUUAGAGGCCACGAUGGUAGCUUGCAUACAUUUGCAGUCCAAUUCCCAGCAGCACGUCAUUGUCGCCGUGAAGAAUCAGUGUUUCAAUUAUUUAGGAUCUUCAACGAUAGUAUUUCAAGGAAAGUUGAAACUAGAAAGAGAGAUAUUCAAUUUACUUUGCCAAUUGCUGUUCCCCUUUCACCACAUAUCAGAAUUGUUAAUGACGAUGUCAAGGAUAUCACUCUACAAAAGGUUUAUGAAGAUUAUUGUAAAAAGAAUGGGAAAAGUCGCGAUGAGCCAUUUAUAUACACAGUGGAGAAAUUGAGAGCAGCGUUUGACCAUAGAUUACCCAAACCGGAUUUGGCAAGUAUUCGUGUUGAAAUUUUGAGUGCCAUUCAGACAUUGCUUGUUCCUUCCACUGUUUUGAAGGAUUACUUUUUGCAACUUUAUCCAAGGUUUGACGAUUUCUGGUUAUUCCGUAAGCAAUUUACUUCACAAUAUGCCUCAUUUAUAUUUACGACAUACAUGAUGUGUGUCAAUGCCAGACAACCGCAAAAGAUUCAUGUGAAUAAAGGAUCGGGAAAUGUUUGGACUUCAGAUAUGUUGCCAUGCAAGAUGCCAAAUAGGCAUGACAAUAACAAUCCUCAAGCUAAACCAACGCCAAUGUUUGUUAACGCGGAACAAGUACCAUUUAGAUUGACGCCAAAUAUUCAAAAGUUGAUUGGUGAGAGUGGGUUAGAAGGAGUCUUGGCCGUUUAUGUGUUGUGUAUUGCAAGAGCAUUAUUGGAACCUGAAUCAGAUUUGGAACAGUACUUGACGCUUUACGUUAGAGAUGAGGCUGUAACGUGGUUGGCUCAAGGUGGGGGAGAUAAAAGUGGCACCGUUGCCGGUCAAGAUAAGCAAUUGCGCGAUGUGGUCAAGUUGAAUGUUGAUAGUAUUAUCAAGAGAGUAAUGACCAUGGGACAUGUAUCGCCUGGUGGUGGAGUUGCCACGCAAAAUGUUUUGGAGUUGAUUUCACAAGCCGUUAAUCCUCGUAACUUGGCUGCUGCUGAUACCUUAUGGAUGGCAUACUUUUAA